UCUAAACCUCUCGGUGCUAGAUCAUACUAGAAAAUCCAUCCAGCCCAGAGUAAAUGGAGAACUUCUCGGCGCUUCCAGCUCGCAUGAAGUAGGAGACAUAGCGGGACAAGACUGAUCUAAAUUGGGAUAUCAGUGUUUCUUCUCUUUUAAUUGACUAUCGCUAGAUGAUGUCGACUCAGGGUUGAAGAAAGGACAACAUCCGAAACGUUGGCAAUGAUCCCAAGCGCUAGAUUCUCUUCGCUCGCGGAUCCUCAAAUGAAUCUUCGAGUCAUUUUAGCGUUGCACCUCGUUUUUAGUGGCGCUUAAGUUAAGCGCUCGUACCCGUCUUUUAAGGACCGCCAUGCAUUUCGAAAAGCCCAUAUUUUUGAUAUGGACUCCAGCUCCCUUUCUGCGGUACUCUAUAAUCCAGAUCUACUGAGCGUUAUCUGCGAAGAGCUUUGGGCUUCCAUUCAGUCAUCUUCCUAUGGAGCCAAGCCGAAUCCCUUGGUUUCAUUGGCUACAGUAUGCACCUCGGUAUCCGAGACUGCUCUUGACCGUCUCUGGAAACAUAUCCAUGGCUUCACUCCAUUAUUACGGGUCUUCAAUGCAAGGACAUCCAGGACGAACAAUGGAAGCAGCAUUUGGACGAUUCCCAUAGAGGUACCGCAGUCGAAAUGGGACCGAUUCGAGCGCUAUGCCCAGCGUGUUCGAUCCAUGACGCUGGAUGCAUCCUCUGGCACCAGAGACCAUCCAUCGGUCUACCUUCGACUCAUGGCUCAGUUUUCAAACGCUCCCUUAUUCAGCAGCCUGAAGCGCUUGGAAGUAGAUCCAUCCUUUGCCUCAGAGCCCCAAAUUCUCUUUCUACUAUCGAGCCCCAAUUUGCAGGAGGUCGAAAUUAUCCUGGAAUCCAUUGUGAAUAACGACACUUUGUCAACGUCUGUGAGGACUGCGGUCGCCGGACGUGAGACGUUUAUUCUUUCUGGUCCAUUGACAACUCAUGCCGGUUAUGAUGUCGCUCAGAGUUUUAUCGACCGGGCGUGCCCCGCUACUUUCUUCACUGGCAAAGACCUCUGCUGCCUAAAAAUCACAUCUCACCCCGCGACCUACUCCUUCCUCGAGGAGCUUUCCUCCUCUGAGUCACUCAAGCACCUCCAAUUCAUCUUCGGCACCCACACCUUGUCUCACUCUCACGACAUUCGAGACGGAUUUUCCGUCCUAAAGACUCUGCAUGUUACCGGGGACGUAGCAUCUAUGAGCCGCGUACUCAGACUCGUCGUCCCAGACAUUCUUGAAUCAUUCACUUUCAUUGACAACUCCUUCGUCCAGAGCUACCAUUACGCAUGUGUGGCCAUGCAGCAUUUCCAUGUCGAACUCGUCGAGAGAUUCAACUUGAGUCUGCACUCGCUCUCGUUAACAUACCGACACUGGACAAUCGGCCAAGAGGACUGGGAGGCUUCACGAGUCGUAUUCGAACCGCUUUAUGGACUUGGGCCACCACUCAAGGCGCUUCAUUAUUCCGGUAACCUCGCUAUGGAUCAGAAGUUGGUCGAGGAGAAGCUCGUUACAGCAUGGCCAGGUAUCGAAACCAUCUGUAUCCCUCGGUUGGCGAUACCUCCCCCAUGCGAUGUGUUGCCGGUGCUAGCAGAACACUGCCGUCAUCUCGCAUGUCUUACCCUGCCUAUUGCGUUUCCUGACAGUGCCACGCUUUCGCCUCCCAAGAUUCGCAGGCACAGGCUACGUGCAUUUUCUCCAACUGAUGUACCGAUCCAACAACCUGCCUGUGUUGCGAGAUAUUUAGAUCGUAUUUUCCCAUUCCUAACAAAUAUCGAGGGUGGGAAACGAUGGGACGAAGUUGAGCGCAUCAUCCUCCAUGCAUGACAAUCGGUCAGAGGCGACGAGCGAGGGAGAGAGAGAUGAACAGAUCCGGCUUAGUUGAAAGCUACCAUGGAGGCGGGAAUAUACCAACGAAAACUGCCUAUCGACGUAUCAGAAUCAUAGUAAUAUGUCAAAAAUAUCCAGUAUUGUCGAUACUAGAGCAUCA